AGGGGGUGGUGCUCCUGUCCCGGUGGGUGAGCCCCGCGGGGCGUGGGCGCUGCGGUGGUUGUUGUUUUCCCUCGCUCCCCUUCCAGUGGUUGCCCUGGGCUCAGGCGGCUGAGCAGGCCCCGGGUCCCGGUGGCGGGGGGCUGUGUGCCUGUGCCCCUCCCCAGGGCCGUGGAGACCACCCUGUUCGCCAGCAGCGAGUCGUGGCGGGCUGGGUGGGCUCCUCCCGGGGCCUGGGGCAGCGUCUGCCCGGAGGCGUGUGUGAGGGAGCGGCGGUUCCGUGGGGGGCCGGCCUGCACAGGCCUCCGGGCGCUGGGCGCGGCUGAGGGCGGGCACAGAGGGCCCGGGCAGCGUCGGGGCUGCGCCUGCUGCUGCUCCCCGUGUCCGUUCUCUGGGAGAUUUCAGGGCCUUGAGUAUACUUCUGAAUGCCUGUGGCAGCUUGCGGUACAUCUAGAGCAGGCGUGGCCAGCAGGGUGUCUACAAACAGAAGUGAAUUGAUGCCUUCUCUUGUAGUUGCAAGCAAGAUGAAGAUCCCCAUUUUGCUGCUGAGAUUCCCUCGUUGUUACUUUUCUGGAAGAACUGACUUCAUGAACUUCCAUUUCUCUGCCAGAGCAGAUUUCCCAUGCCUUGGCUCUCUUACACGUGCAGUGCGCCCCUGUCGUACAAAAUGGAUGUGUUCCUCAGAUGGUUUGAGGAGAGAGCUGUGCCAGCAAGUAGCCCCUGACCAGGAGCUGGAGGGACUUUCUGACAGAGAACAAAGACUGGUAGCCAGACUUUACGAUGGACUAAUCCAGGGUCAUAGAGCCUGUUUAGCAGAAGCCAUUACACUUGUAGAAUCCACUCAAAGUAGGAAGAAGAAAAUAGCCCAGGUGCUCCUUCAGAAGGUAUUAGCCUACCACAGGGACCAAGAAAAGUUUAAUCAAGGAAAACCACUUGCCUUUAGAGUUGGCCUCUCUGGUCCUCCUGGUGCUGGGAAAUCAACUUUCAUAGAAUGCUUUGGGAAAAUGCUUACAGAAAGAAAAUACAAAGUGUCUGUGUUGGCUGUAGAUCCAUCCUCUAGUACAAGUGGUGGUUCUCUCUUGGGUGAUAAAACACGGAUGACUGAGCUGUCAAGAGACAUGAAUGCAUACAUCAGACCAUCUCCAACCAGAGGGACACUGGGAGGUGUAACAAGGACAACCAAUGAAGCCAUUCUGCUGUGUGAAGGAGGAGGUUACAAUGUUGUUCUGGUGGAAACAGUAGGUGUGGGACAGUCAGAAUUUGCUGUGGCUGAUAUGGUUGAUAUGUUUGUAUUGCUGCUACCACCUGCAGGUGGAGAUGAAUUGCAGGGUAUCAAACGAGGCAUCAUUGAGAUGGCAGAUCUAGUUGCUAUAAAUAAAGCUGAUGGUGACUUAGUCGUGCCUGCACGGAGGAUACAAGCUGAGUAUGUUAGUGCCAUGAAGCUGCUUCGCAAGCGUUCGAAGGUUUGGAGGCCAAAGGUAAUGCGCAUCUCUGCCAAGACUGGAGAAGGGAUCUCAGAUAUGUGGGAUAAAAUGACAGAGUUCCGUGACCUCAUGCUCACAAGUGGCGAGCUGAUUGCCAAGCGGCGGAAACAGCAGAAAGUGUGGAUGUGGAAUCUCAUCCAAGAAAAUAUGCUGGAACAUUUCCGGAGUCACUUGGCAGUCAAGGAUAAGAUUCCACUUCUAGAAGAAAAAGUUCUUAGUGGUGUCUUGUCUCCUGGGCUGGCAGCUGACCUGCUACUGAAAGCCUUCAAAGAUGGUCUCUAAGCAUUCUCUUCUACUCUGUCCUUGUUAAGUGCUUUAUGUUAACCUGAGCAUUAAAUACAGUUUUUCUA